AGUGGCGAGUUAUCUUGCCGACACGGAGGAAGAGGAAGAAGAGCUUCCGUAAACAAGGCAGCGGUUUGGAAGUUGAUUUCCCGGUUUUAUUUUUCAUUAACUUCUACGCCAUUAUGCAUGAGGCCUGGGUUUAUAUGAUGCGGGGUAAAUCCUCCAACCCGUACCCUUCUGCUGUGCAAAGAGGCCGUGCGGGUAGAGGGGGAGGACGUGACCCUAGGCCUGUGAUCAGCGACAGCACCAAGAGGGAGCGUGUGAUCAAGCAGGUCGGACUCACCAGCAGCACAUUCAUCGGGCCCGCGUUUCCUCCGCCGACACCCGCUCCGAAGAAGGUGCCGAAGGCGAAGAAGCCGCUGAAGCCGAAGAAGUUAGAGAAGUCCAAGGAGUCCAAGGAGUCCAAUGACAUCGAGGACACGCUGAGCGAGUUCUACAAAGAGCUGGAGAAGAUCGACACGCCCGACGGUGAUGAUGGAAACUCCAGGAAACCAGAGGAACGAUCUGCUCGACCUCAACAGAUGCGGGUCGCAGGCCGCGAGAGAACGUAUAAUGCCGGCCAUUCUGCAGAAGCAGACGGCUGGCGGAGAAGCGAGGGAGAGAGGCCGGCGUCUUGGCCACACUGGUAUGACAAUGGGCCAUAUCACCCCAGGGGGCCGAGGCCAGGCAUGGACCUGAACCAUCAGAACCAAUGGCGUCAUCCUCAUCCACAGCACAGACCACCAAACCCAGGGUUACACGGACCCCCAUUCCGUCAUCCACCGCCCCCACCUGCAUUCCAGGGUCCACAAAAUCCCAACUGGAGCGGUUCAGGCCCCUCAAACCAGUAUCAAGAGUUCUCUGGCAUCCCAUCUCCGAAUGUGCGCGGACCACCCUCUCAGGUCCCUUAUGGAGAGUAUCACUCUGACAGGGAUGAGCGGGUUCGCAGCUUCGAUAACGGAAACAGAGGUCACGACCAACACCGAGUAUUUAAUUCAGAAGCUCAAGCGUGGGAGCCCCAGCCUCACAGCAGACCCCCUGGUUCUUCCUUGGUGCUGAUCCUGUUGAGGGGACUGCCCGGAUCUGGGAAAUCAACACUUGCCAGGGAGCUGCUCUCCACUGGUCCCAGUGGGGUAAUACUGGGCACAGACGACUACUUUGCUCACGAGGAUGACUACUGCUAUGAACCAUUCCUUCUUGGAGAGGCCCAUGAAUGGAACCAGAAGAGAGCCCAAGAUGCUAUGAACGAUCGCCGGUCUCCAAUUAUUAUCGAUAAUACAAACAUUCAAGCCUGGGAGAUGAAGCCAUAUGUCAAAAUGGCCUUGGAGCGAGGAUACCAGGUCGACUUCUGUGAACCUGACACCAGCUGGAAGUUGGAUCCUUACGAGCUUCAGAGGAGAAACAAGCACGGGGUUUCCCAGGAGAAGAUCGCGCGGAUGCUGGAUCGCUUCAAAUUCCCCAUUUCCAUAGACACUGUGCUGAGUUCCCAGGAGCCGCCUCACGUCAACCAGCGACCUCGACCAGAGCCGCCGCAACGAUGGGGGGGGAGCAGAGAGCUCCAGUAGUUGAUACAAGGAUCUAACCAGCCAAAUCGUUUUGCCUAGCAAAAUAUAUUUUCCACUGCUGCUGUUGUUUCUUUGUAUUAAUUUAUAAUUUUAUAUCAUGCAAUUUGUGCAAAGGGAGAGCAAAUAUAUUUUCUCAACAGAAAUUUUCAACUGGGAAAAUGUCGUGUGUGAUAUUUUUUCUAAGAAAAGAACAAAUCUGCAUUGUUUUUGCGGUUUGUAUUUUUACGACAUUUCACACUUGUAUUUGGUGUGUUCCUUGAAAAAGGCAUCAACACACACAACUAUUAUUGUUCUGAUCAAAUAACAGUUUCUUUGUUAAGUUGUUUCCUGCAGCUUCUGGUUCCCUGAAAUCUGCAGAGUAACUGGAAGAAGUUUCUGUUCCGGUAAAUCUCUUGUUUCAUAGUUAAUUUGUCGCCAUGGUUCUGCAAACACAACCAUGGAAACACACACACACACCGUUAAUUUCUGCGCUCCGAUCUCUUUUUAAAUGAAUUAGCAUUUAGCUAAUUAUUAAACUGAACAAAAAAAUAUGUUUAUGGGGAAAUCACACUUUUCUAUUUGUUGAUGGUACAACAAUUGGACUUAGAACAAUUUCUGUUUAGUUUUUUUCAGGUUUUUGUCUAAAGUGUGCAAUUGUAAAUAUAACAGUUUACCAAAAACACUGUUGGACAUCAAUGAAUUGAACCGUGGUCCUGUUUUAUGAACUUUAGUCAGGACUUUAGUUUGUCUGGACUUUUGGUUUUUGCUCAAACACGAGUCCACAUUUUUACCAGUGUGAAAAUCUUCCCAUUAAAUUUCUGAAAUAUU